UGACUAGUUGAAAACGUUGUUAUGAUCUCAAACAUGAAUUAAAAUAUCUCAUAAUGAUGAAAUAAAUUAAAUAUUUUCUUUGCAAACGAUAUUUAACUUCUUGCGAUUUAGCAACUUAAAAUUACUACAACCAAACCUGUGAAUCAAAAGAAAAUAAUAUAUAAAAGCCACUUCGCAUCAGUGUCACCGGGUAACGUUCAAAGAGUAUAAUAAGGGUUAGGGGAAGGAACGUUCCCAGACGACUGGCAGCAUUGCCACGUUGAAUGGCCUACGGGCGAUUACUUUAUACACAGAAUGGGCACUGGGACCCCAUGAUUCAAGUUUUUCGACCCUAGAAUGCCUUCUUACUUCUUGCCCUCGUAAUAUUAUUAAUUAAUGUUAACAAAAGGCCGCAAUCUAUUAAAAAAAGAAAUAGAUAUUGAUUUGACUUUGACAAUGACAUAUUUAUUUUGAAUCCGGCUGUCAAAUCAGGAUCACGCAAAGGCAUAGGGGGAAAUUUGAAUUUUGCCAUAAAAACUAAUAAUGAUUCUCGCAUAAUAAAAUUUUAACAAGUGAGUACCUAGGUAGUAUCAAAAUUACAGUGACAUAGAAAUGGAUAAUAUAUUAUUUGUAGAUAAUGCGAGACAAGAUGAAAUCGAGACAUUUUACGAGGCUGCUCAACGGCACAGGGACUACUAUAGAUAUUAUCCAAAGGCCAACCAUCCUUUGUUAUACUUCAGGGAUCCGGAAUAUAUGUGGCAAUGUCCUCAAGAAAUGACCCCGGUCUACCUAUCAUUCCCGAUGUACCAUGUGAAGUAUAAGCAGCCAGUUGUGCUUCCUAAUAACGUUGGCCGGACAUCCGGCAUUCCGGCCCUACCUGACCGAACACUCGCCGGACGCUACAACAAAGCUGCUUGCAAAGCUUUCGUCAGAUAAAAUUAAAUUAAUAUUUAUAAGACUCAAUCUGUCAGUGGACUAAAAUAGGAGAUUCUACUACUACAAAUUAAAAAACAUUUACCAAAUAUCCUAAAGGCCCAAGCGGC